AUGGCGAAAUUGAAAAAGAACAAGAAACACAAGAAAGUGAGACAGAGAGUGAAGCAGAGGACGAAGCAAGAGAGGAAACCGAUACAACUUUUGUGGCUAAAGAUAAAAUCCGUUUGGAAUAAAGUACCAACAGUUCAACAUCAAACUGCCGUUAGAAAUAUUCUAAGGCAAAGAGCUGGUGCACACAGAAGCACGGAGACUUUAUCGAUCUGCAAUACUUUCAAAAAAAUCAUGUCAAAUGAAAUGAUUUAUAUAAUCGUUCGUUAUACCAACAAGAAAGUAUUAGCAAUGUAUGAAGAGUAUAAUAACAAAUACCCCGAAAAAGAGCCGCGCGUAUGGAAAAAUGUAACAUUGAACGAAAUGUACGCAUUUUUAGGUAUUUUGAUAUGUGCAGGUGCAAAUAAUUCCAACACUGAUCACGUAGAAGAAAUGUGGAAAUCAUCAUCGUAUCCUUUAUAUCGUGCAACUGUGGGAAUAAAUCGUUUUAAAUCAAUUAUACGUUUUAUACGUUUUGAUGAUUUCAAUACGCGUCAACAACGCUUGAGUGAAGAUAAAGCUGCUCCUAUACGCGAUCUGUGGAAUAUGCUAAAUGCAAAUUUAUAUGCGGUGUACAAGCCUACGGAAAAUUUAACAAUUGACGAGCAGCUUUUUCCUUUUCGAGGUAGAACUAAAUUUACUCAAUACAUUCCAUCUGAGCCUGCUAAUUACGCGAUAAAAGUUUGGUGGAUAUGUGACGCGGAAAACUCUUAUCCGCUGAAAGGUUUGAUUUAUACUGGUAAAACAGGGAAUACACGUGAAGUAAACCAGGGUGAAAGAGUUGUCAAAGAACUUGCAGUUUUAUAUAAAGGAUCCGGUAUAAAUAGUUGUAUGGACAAUUUCUUCACAUCAUUGCCGCUAGCUAAACAUUUACUCUCGUGGAAUCUAACAAUAGUUAGUACUUUGAAAAAGAACAAAUCUUAUACCUAA